ACCGGAGCGCGCGCGUGUUCGCUCGUGCUGAAGUUUCUGCUGCGUCAUGCUACGUUUUCGACCUUCGGCUCUCCGGGCGGGUAGGCAGUUCCUCGGUGCGCUUUGAUAAUUGGCUCUCCUCCUCRGUGUUCUGCAGCUUCUUGACUUUUAUUUUUUUUUGUUACGUCGUGGCUCGGACGAUCUGUCACGCGCACGUUACGUGGCGCGCGAGUGCCCGAUUGCCUGCGAAGAUCAAAGUCCCCGCUCUGCGGCGCUCUCCUUAUCGGAAUGUUUGAAGAUUGACGAGGUUUUCCUCUCAUGUCCCGCAGUCCAGCGCACACUUCUUAUUCUUGUUGUGACCGCUGCCGUGGAGGAAGCUCCGGGGCCAGGAAGCCGACAGAGACAGCGGGGAGGCGGGAGCCACAAACGUCGACGGAAGCACCGGUGUCACCAUGACUGAGAAGCGGAUGUCGCGCUGGUAUUUCGGGGGGRUGGCUUCCUGCGGAGCCGCCUGCUGCACACAUCCUCUGGACCUUAUCAAGGUCCACCUGCAGACUCAGCAGGAGGUGAAGAAGAGGAUGGUUGGGAUGGCUGUUCACGUGGUGAAGAAUGACGGAGUGCUGGCUCUUUACAGCGGCCUCUCUGCCUCUCUUUGUCGACAGAUGUCCUAUUCCCUCACCAGAUUUGCCAUCUAUGAGACGGUGAGAGACAUGCUGAGCAGUAAAAACAAGGGUCCAAUGCCGUUUUACCAGAAGGUCCUGCUGGGAGCCUUUGGAGGAUUCACUGGAGGSUUUGUUGGGACGCCUUCUGACUUGGUAAAUGUCAGAAUGCAGAAUGACAUGAAGGUUUCACCAGAGCAGAGAAGAAACUAUAAACAUGCCAUUGAUGGACUCUACAGAGUCUUCAGAGAAGAGGGUGUAAGAAAACUGUUCUCAGGAGCUUCCAUGGCCUCCAGCAGAGGAGCGCUGGUCACUGUAGGACAGUUGGCAUGUUAUGACCAGGCCAAGCAGCUUGUAUUAGGAACAGGCAUGAUGGGAGAUAGCAUCCUCACACACUUUCUUUCCAGCUUUAUAGCUGGAGGCUGCGCCACCUUCCUCUGUCAACCUCUGGAUGUACUGAAGACAAGGCUGAUGAACUCAAAAGGAGAGUACACGGGGGUGAUGCAUUGCUUGCGGGAAACUGCUAGGCUGGGUCCACUGGCAUUUUACAAGGGUCUUGUUCCAGCAGGGAUCCGCUUGAUUCCUCACACAGUGCUCACCUUUAUUUUCCUUGAGCAGCUCAAGAAAAACUUCGGCAUCCGCAUCGUCUCGUGAGCUGCGUGUCACCGCUGCUCGUCGCACUGCUCCUCAUCAUCCUGCUCCUUCAUUAUUUACAAGAGAAGAAGGGAAGAAAGGAGAAGUGAAUUUGUUGAAUCCCCUCUUUUUAUUUCUGUUUGUUAGGAUAAUCAAUUAAAAACACAGCUAAUGUAACGGUACUGUAAUGGUGUUAUAAUAAGAAGAAUAUUCAAAUUAUGGUCUGGCAGAUGAUUGCCUGAAUUUUAUUCUUCUUACAAAAACUGUUAACUUCAGCUGAUUCCAGAUUACAUCUAAUCCAGAUUAAGCCUAAUUUAAUGGGGUGUGAUGCCUCAGAGUUCAUGAUGUUAGACAUAAAAACAAACUGUAGCUUCUUUUUACUAAUUCUUUACACCAGUCAGUCAUUACUAAUAAUGCAGGAGAGUUUUCAGCAGCAGUUAUCAGUAUCACCUGACCAAACUUACAGAUUAAUUCCUAUGCCUUAACUUCAGAUAAACUGGUACGUGUUGACACUAAAAUAUUCACACCAGUGGUGACCAAAUGUUGUUUUCACCUCGAAUAUUGUUUGCAUUUUCUUCACUUGAUUUUUGUAUUUUAAUUUUUUUUAGAACUGGAAAUCGACUACUGAUGGGUGAAAAUCUUAGCUGAUAUUUCGUCCUUUCAUUCCACUCUUGCUGUGUUUUGUCUCUUCUGGAAGGGAGAGGGACCAGAGCUUGAUUCUGUUGGGUUUUCACUUUUAACUAAGAAAGAGGGGUUAGUGAGGAAACUGUGAAAAAGAAAGCCCGCUGCUUUACUUUUGCGACAUCAACAUAAAUUUCUGAGUGCGUUUAACCUCUGAGACGUGAGUGUGCUGUAGUUUACAAGAGCUGCAUUUCAACCUGUAAUGUGAGAAUGGGAACUAGUUGAACAUGUCCAACGUUAUAACUCAGGAUGUUCCCUGUUUUAUACAGCAUCUUCUACUGACUGAUCUGCUGCAUGACAUCUGAAUUCAGACCGUUUAGAAUUAAAAUGUGAAUGAGAAUGUUUCUGACGUCUGUCUCUGUAAUAAGUUUGGUUUGGGUUUUAAACAGUUUGCUUUACUGUGCCUGUUCUGUUUCUGGACUUAUUGUAAACUCAUYUUGCCUUACAGUAUCUGUCCUGUAGGGGGCGGUGUUGUAACAUCGUAYGCAUCCUUUUUUUUAUGCAUCUGAAGAUUCAGUCUUAGGAUAUAUUUUUGAAAACAUACCUCUGACUGACUUCUUUUACACUCAKAGAUUAAACAGUACAGCUGUAGGUCAGUAAAGUUAAAUUUUAUAUGUCUUUAAUAAUUUUGGAAAUAAAGUACUAAUUAAAACUGGA